CCACGGGAGGACCCAAUCAACGUCGAGAGCGUGGGUCGGUCCGGCUGUGGCCCUGGUGGGGCCGGGGCUGCGGGUUGGCUCCAGGCGUGGGGGUGCGCGCGGCCUGAGGCCCGGCUCCCACCCGGCUUUCCGGGAUGUCGGUGGCCUUCGUACCCGACUGGCUGAAAGGCAAGGCGGAAGUCAAUCAGGAGACGAUCCAGCGGCUCUUGGAGGAGAAUGACCAACUCAUCCGCUGUAUCGUGGAGUAUCAGAACAAAGGCCGGGCGAAUGAGUGUGUCCAGUACCAACAUGUGUUACAUAGAAAUCUCAUUUAUUUGGCUACCAUCGCAGAUGCCAACCCAACCAGUGCUUCAAAAGCAAUGGAAUAAUCUUUCAGUUGGCUGUCACGAGGAGUAACUGAGUGUAAUCCAUGUCCUAUGAAGUAAAGACAGGCUCUUUACCAACUCAACUGCUUAAAAUAUGAAUGAACCCUCUAUGGCUCUUUUAAAAAUGUGACAAUGUGAAGAAAGCUACUAGAUUAACUGUAUUCUCAGUGUAAAUAUUUACUUUAAUAAUUAAGCAGAUUUAGUGGACUCCAGAUGUCCUCUUUUCUGAUAGGCAUGUUGGGAUAACAAAGAUAUCAUGGGCAUCAUCUUCAAUUCUACCUUUUCAGUUUCAACCUGAAGAGGAAACUGAGCAGGUGAUAGGCAAUUAACAGGAAUUGGGGAGACUCCUAACUGAGGCCCUGCCAAAUGGGCAUGUAACUGUGUGCUCCCUUCUACCAGUUUGUAGUCAUGGACCUGAUCAUCCUUUUCAGGUUGCUUUGAAAUAAAACUUGCCUUUCCAUGCAACACUCAUAUUGAGGUAUAGAGAUUUUCAUAUAAGUGUUCCAUUUGGUCUUCUAGAAAAACUAAUAAGAACUUAAAAAUAUAUGUAACAACACUACCAUUGCUACCAAAAUCAAUGGUCAUUCUUCAUUAUUAUUUAAUAUAAUCUAAUAAUAAACUUUUAAAAUACUUUUUAAAACA